AAUAAUAAAAUAAAAUAAAAUAAAAAAAUAGUAGGCUUGGGCUCCUCUCCUUCCCUAAACCCAGCAGCCACCACCAUUGUUGUUGUUGUUGUUGUUGAUAGAGCCCGAACUCUCCAAAUCUGGUAACUUACCAAAAACAAUUACACAAACUACUUUCCUUUCUAUUAGGGAACAAAAAUACAAAAAAGGAAAAAAAAUAAAAAAUGAAAAAAGGAAACCUAAAGGUUGAGCCAAAAAAAUAAAAGAAUCCCUUACUUUCCUUUUUCUUGCUAGUUUAAAACCCUACCUAUUUCUCUGUUUUUUUUUUUUAUUAUUUCUCCAACUCUGAUACAGGUGACUGACUGCAUUGUUUCUUGAGGUGCAUGUCUCAUUGGAAUUCCAAGAGGUUUACUUGCGAGAGUUUGCUGUCAAAAUACAACCUCUGUCUUGUUCAUCACAUUGACACUUUUAAGAUUGCACCUUUAUUUGUACCUUAGUUCUUAGAAGGCGCAUAAACAGUUUUGUCAGAUUGAUCAAGCUAAUGUCUGGAGGGCCUAUGGCGAUCGUCAAACCAGAGAUGAAGUCAUACAUCUGGCUCCAAACUGCUGAUGGUUCAAUCCAACAAGUGGAGGAAGAGGUUGCCAUGUUAUGCCCUUUGAUAUACAAGGAAUUAAUUCAUAACGGCAUGGGAUCAUCAAAAAAUUGUGCAAUAUUACUUCCUGAACGAGUCAACCCUGCUAACUUAGGAUUAAUAUUGGAAUUUUGUCGGUUCCAUCAAGUUUCCGGCCGUUCUAAUAAGGAGCGCAAGAAAUAUGAUGAGAAGUUCGUUCGGUUAGAUACCAAGAUGUUAUGUGAUUUGGCUUCUGCUGCUGACAGCCUUCAGCUAAGGCCUGUGGUUGACCUUACGAGCCGCGCACUUGCUCGGAUUAUUGAAGGCAAAACUCCUGAGGAAAUACGUGAAACUUUCCAUUUGCCUGAUGAUCUAACAGAGGAGGAGAAGUUGGAGCCUUUGAAAAAUAUUACGGAUGAUCCACGUAUCCGUCUUCUAAAUCGACUCUAUGCAAGAAAAAGGAAAGCAUUACAUAAAAAAGAGAAACUAAAGAAUGUUGAGGUAGUAGAAGAAGAGCACCGAGUAGAUGAAAGAUCAGUUGAUGAUCUUUUGUCAUUCAUAAAUAGUGGAGAUCAAGACUCAAAGGGCGUAAAAGUAACAAAAAAUAAAAAGAAAUCUCGAGGGAGAAAAGAACAAGGUAGAAAUUCAUCUUCAAAUAGUGAAGCUGGAAACUACAAUAAGGAAUCUAAUUGCCUUACAUCUGGCACCAGCGUUGGGUCUUCUCCAAGUAGAAAUUCUAAGCUGCAAAACUCGCCAUCUGAAUUGUUUUCAUCUAAGUUCGACUUGGAUGACUUUGAUAUUGAUGAUGAGUUAGAUCCAGCAAGGCAGGAAGAAAUUGAUAGGGAGGUUGAGGAUUUUGCUCGGAGACUAAACUCUGUUUGGCCAGAAAGGAUACAACAGAUUUUGUCUUUGGGUCAGGAGAGGAAGCGGCUUGGACCAAUUUCCAUGAAUGGAAAUGGUUCCUUGAAGAGAUGUACCGCAGGUGUGGACCGGGGAUAGUGGUUGAAAUGGUAGCUAAUGCUUUUUUAGAUUCAGAUUGAGUUUAACAACACCAGCUUGGCCGUCUCUGCUGUUGCAACGAAGACUGGUAAUGUUUCAGUGUCCAUUGCAUGUAAAGUUCUUCCCUCAUGUCAAGCUGCUGCCAAAAGCAAGUUCAUGUCUCUGGAUACGCCAGGUGCUCAAAGUGUAGGGGAAUAUCAGAAUAGGAAGGGAGUUUUCGAUGUUUGAUAUUUAUGGCAAUUUGAAUUGCAUUUGCCAUGCAUUUCAAAACACUGAGAUACAGUUUCCAGUUUUGCAUUAGAUUCUAACUUUCUUUAAACCAUGGUUUUGAUAUUCUCUCUUCUCUUAAUUUAGUUCAAAUGGUUGUAACUAUCCUCUCUUUUCUUUGUCUUGUUUCAUUUUUUCAUUUAAAUUUGCUUCUUUUUCCCCCCAUCAUAAAAGGAAUGUAUAAUGACCAUUCCCCUCCCAUGAAAUUGCUUUUUACCUCUUAUGGGAUUUGAAUCAUUGUGUAAUGAAGUCAACUUGACAAACACCAGUGUAUAUUAUGUACAAAAUACAAAUUGUGCUUCUGUUU